GAUCUCUGUGAGGACUGGUGCAGUGCACUACCAACUGAGCUAUCAAGCCAGUCGGGAGAAUCAAGUGUGGAAUUUUUAGGUUCAGGGCGAAAUCUUUUCUUUAAACCAUUUUCUUUUUUCUCUUUUUCCCCACGUGUACCUCACGUCAAGUUAUUAAACAUCCAUUCAAAAUAUUCCCAACUGUUACAUGUGUUGUACUCCUUCAUGACAUUUAUUGUGUACAUUAAUUGCUGUCACAGCCCUUGUGAGGACAAUGUUCAUCCAAGUGCAGGAAACACCAAAUCCAAACAGUUUAAAGUUUGUUCCGGGAGUACAAGUCUUGGAUUCUGGUACAGUCAACUUUCCUAACUCACAGGCUGCAUUUUGCUCUCCACUAGCAAGAAGUCUAUUCCGAAUUCAAGGUGUAACAGGAGUAAUGUUUGGACCAGACUUUAUCACAGUCACAAAGACUGAUGAUGAAGUUGACUGGCCAUUGUUAAAACCUGACAUAUUUGCCUCUAUAAUGGAUUUUUUUGCCAGCAAUGUUCCUAUUCUCACUGAAGACCAACCAGCAAGUGACACAGCCAUUGCUGAUGAUGACGAUGAGACUGUUGCAAUGAUCAAAGAAUUGUUGGAAACAAGAAUCAGACCUACUGUCCAAGAAGACGGAGGGGAUAUUCUUUUCAAGGGCUUCCAUGAUGGUGUCGUGAAGCUAAAACUGCAGGUCAGUGAACUCGCAUUAAUUUCUGUUGUCUUCUUUGUUACCACGACAAAAUUAAUACAGUUAUCUCUUUAGCAAGAGCGAGUACAAAUAAAGAUUGAUGGUAUUGCCUAUCAGUAGCGUACUAAAGCUGGUAACAGUUUAUCUAUAUGAAAAAGGUUUUACGGGCUAAAAUAGUGUGCCCGUAAUGUAAUGAUGAGGCAGCUGGGGGUCUGAGACACAGCCUAACCUCUAAUAAACGGAAGCCUUUGGGCCAACUUUUGAUUGUACUAAAGACGUCUUUAAAUCGGUGUUAAGUUAAUGGAAACAUUUGUAUACACAUGCGGAUUUUUAGGCCAAGUUCACACCAGCGACAAAACGACAUAAGAAGGACGUUGGGUCGUUAUGUUUGCAAUUUGAACAUCCUGACAUAGUGACAUAAUACCAACGUAACAGCAUGAACAUAACGACAAAUGGGAAAAAAGCGAUCUUUUCCUAAGC